ACGUCCCGUCGGUCCCGCAAGAUGGCGGCGCCCAUGUUGGUGCCCGAGCCCCCCCUGGGGAAGCCGAGCCAUCAAAAGUACAGAGCUAUUCUGAAGAAGGAGAAGAGGAAAAAAAAGCGACAGGCACUUGCCAAACUAAGGGACUCAGAAGCUGCAGAAAAAGAUGAAUCUGUGUCUGAGGAGGAAGAAGAGGAAGUAGAAGAAGAGGAGGAAGAAGAGGAAGAAAAAAAACUUGAGGCAGAAAGACAAAAACUACAUGAGCAGUGGUUGCUGAGAGAAGAGAAGGCCCAAGAAGAGUUCAAGCUAAAGAAAGAAAAAGAAGAGGCUGCAAGAAAGCGUCAAGAGGAAGAAGAGAGGAAGAUCAAAGAAGAAUGGGAAGAGCAGCAAAGAAAAGAGAGAGAAGUGGCACAGCAGAAGCAACAGGAGAAGAGAGAGAGAGAGGCAGCUGUGCAGAGGAUGCUGGAUCAAGCUGAAAGCCAGCUGGAGAAUGGUGUGAGUUGGCAUAACCCAGAGCCCCCAGAGAAUCUGGGAACAGAGAAGGACAGAGCAAAUUGCCCAUUUUAUAUUAAAACAGGUUCCUGCCGAUUUGGAGACAGGUGUUCCCGCAAGCACAACUACCCCACAUCGAGCAAGACGCUGCUGGUGCGAGGGAUGUUCAUCACCUUUGGCAUGGAGCAGUGCCGCAGGGACGACUAUGACACAGAUGCCAGUCUGGAAUACAGUGAUGAGGAGACCUACCAGCAGUUCCUGGAGUUCUAUGAGGAUGUGCUCCCCGAAUUUCAGAAUGUGGGGAAGGUGGUUCAGUUCAAGGUCAGUUGCAACUAUGAGCCCCACCUGCGAGGAAAUGUGUACGUCCAGUACCAGUCGGAGAAGGACUGUCAGGCAGCUCUGGCUCUGUUCAGUGGACGAUGGUAUGCAGGCAGACAGCUUCACUGUGAAUUCUGUCCUGUGACGAGGUGGAAAACUGCCAUAUGUGGUUUAUUUGAAAGGCAGAAGUGUCCAAGAGGGAAACACUGCAACUUUCUUCACGUAUUCAAAAAUCCAAACAACGAGUUUUGGGAGGCCAACAGAGACAUACGUAUUUCUCCUGAACGGACUCAUCAGUUGUCUAAAAACUCUGAGAGGAGAAACCGCUCGAGCCAUCGUGACGACUAUUACAGCCGCUCCAGGAGGAGGGGCAGCCCCAGCCCCGACCAUUCCCACCGCAGGAACGGAGAAUCGGAGAGGAAAAAGAGUCGCCGCAAGAACAAGAGGCGGCACCGCUCGGGGCGGUCCAGGAGCCGGGAGAGGAGGAGGUCCCACAGCAGGGGCAGGAAGCGGAGAGGCCGCAGCAGGAGCCGCAGCAGGAGUCACAGUCGGACACGCAGCAGGAGCAGGAGCAGGAGCUCCUCUCGAUCCAGGAGCAGGGGUAAAAAGAGAUCAAGCAGCAGAGGAAAAAAUAGUGAAACUCCCAAAACAAAGUGAGAAUUACUUUCAGAAAUCACUAAUUGAUAAAAAUAGAGCUGAAAAAGAAAUCUUCCCAAUAGGGUACCAUAUAUAUAUGAAUUUCAAAUAAAGUGUUCUUGCACAUUAAAAUGUUUCUUCCUAAUAAAGGAACGUAGUUUACUGUGUGCGAAGCUUGAGAAAAUUUAAAGUUUUCAGUCCUGUAGAAGGUGUGAAUGUCAAGUACUCUAGCUACUCUGUCCCUCUGAACAGCUGCAACACCUGGAUGCACACCGAGUGCAAAUAGAGAAGUGAAGCCUCUUUGGUAUGUGCUUAUUUCUGUUAUGUGUAUGUUAAGUGUUUACUGUUCCUGUAAGGAGUUAGUACAGAACAGCCAGUGUGCAGUAAAUUCACACCCCAGCACACUGCAGAUCCAGGUCUGUGUAGAUGAUUGCCAUUUGUAUUUUUCGUGUUUAUUGGAAAUUGCUUUCCAGACAAAGAAAAUAUAAUUGUUUUAUGAGUUGGAGAAAAGGGAUCUCAAAGACAUGCGUGUUUGAUUGUACAGUACUGGUCCAGUAGGAGCUUUUUGGUCACGAGUGUUGGAUUUUUCUCAGCCCUGACUGAGCUGCUGAGCUGAUGGCUUGUAGGGAUUGCAGUAGACUAAAACCAAGCAAGAAAGUACACAGAGAAACAAUCAGUUUAUUCAGUACCUUAAUCCCCAAGUAAGACUGGAGACCAUGCAGCUGUAAUCCUUGAGUGAGGUUAGAACUGCUUUGCAUACCUCUUGGUUGCUCACCAUUUUUAGGUGAAAAGGACCUGCCUAACUUGUGCUGGAGGGGUGCAAAGUGUCCAUCAGGGAACCAAAGGUGUGACUGUGAAGGCUCAGUCAAGAUGGCUGCAGAGUGGCUGAAGAAACUGAAGGGUUUAUACAGGAAAGACUAUUUCAUGGUUUUGGGAGAGGAGGACUUGACUUAGAGCCUUUUGAGGUUUAUUUUACAAAUAGUUUAAGGCACCCUACUGCCUUGCUUUCCCACAGCCAAGGUGAAGAGUAGGGUACAUAAACAUGAAAUUACUGGGACAAAACCUCCUUGAAAUGACAGCUAUAUUAGCAAAGUACCUGCAGUUAGAGAAAUCCUUACCAAUAUUUUUUCACUUUUAUUUAAAAGAUUUGUGCUGUUAGAUGUACUGUAUUUCACAUGGUUUACCUUCAGGUUUUAACUUGGGCACCUCAGUGUCCUCAGACACUUAGAGAGAGCUUGUAGCACCAAAGGUGCAGGUGCUGUAAUGGCCUGUAGAGACACCUCCCUGUCUUUAGCCUCCCCAAAGAACUGGGCUCCUGCCUUCAGAGAGCCAAUCAGACCCCAAGGGUUAGAAGCCUAAAGCAGGCAUGAAGUGCUCCCAAAUAGGAAUUCAUUAGAAUUCCCAGCAGUGUAACAUUAACUCCCUUAGAAAAUCUAGGUAUCUGAACUUUACCAACAGCAUUCCUCACAGCAAGAAUGUUUUUCCCCAGGAUAGUUAAGAUCAAGUGAACAUUGCUUCUGGAUGUUAUAUAUAUAUUUUUGCUUUUCUAAAUGCAUAGUGCACCUAGCAUGCUGAUUAUAUAUUUUUCCUUCUUUCUUCAUGUGUAACUUGUCCAAUAUGGAGUAAUGCAACAAAAGUGAUGUUCAGUUCAAACCCAACUUCCACGAUAUAUUGUCAUAACUGUAGGCAGAGCUGUAGCUUAGUUAAUUUGAUUAAAUGUUUUAUUUAUUAACUGAUGUAGGAAUUGUAAUUAGCAUAACUUUUGAAAUAAUAACUUUUUUAAAAGGCAUAUUUCAAAGGAUAGACAGCACAAAGUUUUUAAUUCCAUUUGAGAAAUUUGUUACUGCCAGUUUCUUAUAACGUACCUUUUUCUCAUCACUCCUUAGAGACAAAUUUUCCCUGAGGUUUCUGUUUUUUUAUAGAUGCUCAGUUGUCUCACUGGGUCACUUGCACUGCAUGUAGCAAACUCUGGUUCAGUUGGCCACCACAGGCUGGUUCCACCCUCCCUUCCCUGGGCUGCCCUGCUUCCCAGAGCUCUCAGGUGGGAGAGCUGGCUUGUGCCCCCGCUGUGCACCCCGUGUCACACGGACAGAUGUCACAGAGCAUUAGCCCAGCAAAAUCAGCUGUGCAGCUCAAGGAAAUGUGGUGGGAACCUGUGACCAGUCAGGUGAAAUAAGCAAACCAAGUCUCCAUGGGAUUAGAAACUAAGUGCCCAGUAAUAACCAUGUGAGAAUUCCACGGGUGAUUAGGCUCCUUGUCCCCACAGUUUUGCAACAGAAUUUGAAAAGCUAAGUGGCUGUAUUAAAAAAAAACAAAAAACAAAAAA